CCGGCCUUGGUUACAGAUCCCGCCCCCUGAACGUCCGGGGCUUUGCGGGUCACAUCCGGCGGGGUACAGCUUCCGUCUGUUGCUGAGUGUUUUGCUUGUGAAAGGAAACUUAAUCAGCUGUCUGGCUGUGAUAUUCUGCUUCAGAGAGAGAGAGAGCGAUCACGAGGAGAGGCGAGGACGAGAGUUGUCGUGAAAGCGAAUCAUCUGCCUGCAGUGCCACUCCGAGCCCCCAGGUGGCAGCAGCGAGACCAUGUCGGCGGUGGGGGCGGGAAAGCGGGCCUCGCAGGGGGGGGACAGCCCCUCCGGCCCCCCAGAGAAGAAAGGGAAGAGAGAGGAGAAGACCACCACCACCACCCUCAUUGAACCCAUCCGCCUGGGCAGGGUCUGCUCCACUGAGGAGCUGGACCUGAAGGUGCUGCAGUUCAAGAACAAGAAGCUGGCGGAGCGGCUGGAGCAGAGGCAGGCCAUCGAGGACGAGCUGAGAGAGAGGAUCGAGAAGCUGGAGAAGAGGCAGGCGACCGACGACGCAACCCUGCUCAUAGUGAACCGAUACUGGAGCCAGCUGGAUGAAAACGUGCAGAUUUUGCUCCAGAGAUACGACCCCGAGCUGCCUCCGCCCCCGGCCCCAGCGGAGGUGAAGCCAGCCGGGCAGACGCCGGAAAUCCAGCCCCAGGCUUCAGCGGAGGAGUCAGGCUUGGUCGGGGAGGGGGGAGAGGAUGGCUGUGCUGGUGCGCUCCCCUCCUCCCCCCCGGUCCCCUCUGAUCUCCCCGAGCCCGCUCUCUCGUUCCUGGCCACGCUGGCCAGCAGCAGCAGUGAGGAGAUCGAGUUGCAGCUGCAGGACCGGAUGGGCUUCUCCAAGCGCGCCGUGUCUCGCAUCGUCCGGGUGUUCGAGAGACUGCACCACAGGAUCGAGGGGCUGUGCGAGAGGGUGCUCUGUGCAGCAGCCCAGGACGAUGCAGGGAGAGAGGCGCUGUCUCUAAACCGGGAGCUCUCUGGAGAGAACCACCGACUGCAGGACCUGGCCACACAACUGCAGGAGAAACACCACAAGAUGUCCCUGGAGUAUAAUGAACUGGUUGAUAAGGUGACUUCCUCGGAGACGAAGGUAUCGGAGAUGGAGACGAACAUCGAGGAUCUGCAGUGGGACAUCGAGAAACUGCGGAAGAGAGAGCAGAAACUGAACAAGCAUCUGGCAGAGGCACUGGAGCAGCUCAACUCUGGCUACUACACUUCAGGGACCUCUGGAGCACUGCAAGGAGGACAGAUCACUCUGAACAUGCAGAAGUUUGAGAUGCUGAAUGCAGAGCUGGAGCAGAAUCAGGAGCUGGCAAACACCCGCAUGGCAGAGCUGGAGAAGCUGCAGCAAGACCUGCAGGAGGCCGUGAGAGAGAACGAGAAGCUGAAGAUGGAUCUGCACAACAUCCCGGAGGAGGUGGUGAAGGAGACUCCAGAGUACCGGUGCCUGCAGUCUCAGUUUUCUCUGCUGUACAGCGAGAGCCUGCAGGUGAAAACCCAGCUGGACGAAGCCAGAGCCCUCCUUCUGAGCACCAAGAACGCGCACCUGAGACAGAUCGAGCACAUGGAGAGUGACGAGCUCUCUCUUCAGAAGAAGCUGCGGACGGAGGUGAUUCAGUUGGAGGACACGCUGGCUCAGGUGCGGAAGGAAUAUGAGAUGCUGAGGAUUGAAUUCGAGCAGAACCUGGCUGCCAACGAGCAAGCAGGUCCUAUUAACAGGGAGAUGCGUCACCUCAUCAGCAGCCUCCAGAAUCACAACCACCAGCUGAAGGGGGACGUGCUGCGUUACAAGAGGAAGCUGAGAGAGACGCAGGCGGAGAUCUGCAAGGUGCGCAUGCAAACCAGUUUGGGCGCCACUGGUCCCAGUAGCGGCUCCGCCCCCUCCUCUUCGAACUGGGGCGGGGAAGGAGAGAGCGAGUCGGCAGGCGUCAAGAAGGAAGUGAAGGAAGAGCCUGUGGAGGUGAAGAAAGAGAAGGAGGAGGAAGAGGAGAGGGAGAAGGAGAGGGAGAGAGAGAAGGAGAAGGAGAGAGAGAGGGAGAGGGAGAAGGAGCGAGAGAAGGAGGCGGAGAAGGAGAGAGAGAGGGAGAAAGAGAGGCAGAGGAGCGAGGAGAUGAAGAAAAAGGAUUCGGACGCCCUGAAACAGCUUCGCACAGAACUCAAGAAAGCCCAGGAGUCUCAGAAGGAGAUGAAGCUGCUGUUAGACAUGUACAAGUCAGCCCCCAAGGAGCAGAGGGACAAAGUGCAGCUCAUGGCAGCCGAGAGGAAGGCCAAGGCAGAGGUGGAGGAGCUGCGGCAGCGCGUGCGUGAGCUUGAGGAGAAGGAGCGGAAGGAGAGUAAGAAGCUGGCGGACGAGGACGCGCUGCGGAAGAUCAAGCUGGCCGAGGAGCAGAUUGAGCACCUGCAGAAGAAGCUGACCGCCACCAAGCAGGAGGAGGAGGCUCUCCUCUCUGAGAUGGACGUCACCGGCCAGGCGUUCGAGGACAUGCAGGAGCAGAACAUCCGUCUCAUGCAGCAGCUCCGGGAGAAGGACGACGCCAACUUCAAGCUGAUGAGCGAGAGGAUCAAAUCCAACCAGAUCUACAAGCUGCUGAGAGAGGAGAAGGACGAGCUGGGAGACCAGGUCCUCACCCUGAAAACACAGGUGGACGCCCAGCUGCUGGUGGUUCAGAAGCUGGAGGAGAAGGAAGGCGUCCUGCAGAGCAACCUGUCCACCAUCGAGAAGGAGCUGGGGCUGAGGACUCAAGCACAGGAGCUGAACAAGAGAAAGGCAGUAGAAGCCGCUCAGCUGGCUGAGGAUCUGAAGGUCCAGUUGGAGCACACCCAGAACAAGCUGAGAGAGAUCCAGUCCUCCAUGUCAGACAACAGGAGCGCCCGAGAGGGGGAGUCCUUCAACCUCAAGAGAGCCCAGGAGGACCUGUCUCGGCUGCGCAGGAGGCUGGAGAAGCAGAAGAAGGUGGAGGUGUACACCGACGCAGACGAGAUUCUGCAGGAGGAGAUCAACCAGUACAAGGCGAAGCUGCGGUGCCCGUGCUGCAACACGCGUGACAAGGAGACAGUUCUCACCAAGUGCUUCCACGUGUUCUGCUUCGAGUGCCUGAAGACGAGGUACGACACGAGGCAGAGGAAGUGCCCCAAGUGCAACGCAGCCUUCGGAGCCAACGACUUCCACCGGAUCUACAUCAACUGAGGGGAGAGGAGAGAGGGGAGGAGAAGGAGGAGGAGAGAGGAGAGGAGAGAGGGGUGAGAGGAUAGAGAGACAGACAGACACAGAUGGACAGACAGGGGAGGGGAGAAAUGCUGCCUCCAGAAAAAAAAAAAAAAAAACCAUUUCAGCUGGACAAGAGACUGCCCCCCCCCUCACAUCCACACUGAGGGUCCAACUAUUCACUUUGGGGGGGGGGGGGGGGGGGGGGGGGUAGAGUAGAAGCUAAGAUAUAUUUAGAAUUGUAGAAUAUAAUUUAACAGAGGUUUUCUUUUUUUGUGAAUUGAUAAAGGCAAGUAUUACCACGUCUGUUUUGGGUGAUUUGCCCAAAUUCAGAUUUUUUUUUUUUACAACCCCUUAUCUCCCUCCCCAGCUCCCCUAAAACAAAGUUGGACCCUUUUUUAGUAACAUUGAAAGAAAUAUGGUAAAAAAAAAAAAAACAGGCGCCAAAAUGAUUCAGACGGUUUCUCUUGAGUUUCGCCACAGUUUUUCAAGUUCCAGUUGAAUUUUUUUAAGUUAUUAAUGAGUCAUUCAGCAGACGCUUUUAUCCAAAGCGACUUGCAGAGACUAGGGGGGUGAACUCUGCAUCAUCAUCAACUGCUGCUGCUGCUGCUGCAGAGUCACUUCCAAUAGGAGCUCGUUUGUUUGACGUCUCAUCCGAAGGACGGAGCACAAGGAGGUGAAGUGACUCGCUCAGGGUCACACACACGCACACGCACAUGCACACACACAUUGAGUCAGUACAUAUUUCAUUAAGUGAAUUCUCCUUUGACUUUGGACUCCAAACUGUCACUUAAUGCGUUAUCUACCUGAGUUAGACUUCCAUGCUUAAAUAGUAAUGUUAAAAAAAAAAAAAAAAAAAAAAAGAUCUGGCAGAAGGAAGGUAUAUGAGAAAGGGGACUUAAGACAAUUCAACUGGGGGUAUUGAAAAUUGGGAGAACUGUCUGACUAAUGUUUUGGUGCUAUUGAAAUAUAUCGCUAUAGUAUUUAAUGAGACUUACAAGUCUAAGUGCGUGCAGCUGGAUUACUGUUUUUUUUUUAAUAUAUUUUUUUAAAUGUCAUGUUAUUUACGUUUUUUAAUUGGGGGGGGGGGGGG